AUCUCAAUCGCCGUGGGGGGGUGUGAACGGGGCAUGACAAAUUAAAGAUACUGACGAGAUGCCGCUAAGAUAACUGCUAAUCGGCAGGGAUCCGAUUCAAUCAAAGCACGAGGGGAUGACGAAUCUCUUCUUCUAGUAUCGCACUCACGGUUUCAUCGCCUCUGUAGUGUUGCUUCACCGACGGAUUUCCCCAGUCACACACUCUGUGCGGUUGGAACUGGAAAGGGCAGUCACGUUGGAACUCUUCGUCGAUUAGGGCUAAGUCCCUGCAUGGAAUCCGCGUGCACCUGCAGGAACCCUGAUAGACAACAACUGCCAUGCAAUUCUUCCGUUGGUCCUCGGUAAUUACCUAACCUGCUGGUAAGUUCAAAGGUACGAGAUGCAAACCACAGGUACGCCCUCAACCCACUGCACCAGAUACCAUGGCUGUGCGACCGGAUGAUCUUCCAUCACAUAUUGGCCUCCUGCGCCUGUCCAGAGGAGCAGACAAACCUUGAGUCAUUUAAAUUGGGGGCUUUGGGUUCCUCGCUAGGACCGCACAUCGCAUCCCAAAGAGGGAAUUCCUCGGGGGCAGUCCCGACUCCCGGCAGAUGGGUCGAGCCCAUGUUUUUCGCCAUCCAGGUUGAUCCUGGUUCCUCAUGCGCAGAGAACGAAAUCAUAUCAUUUUUCCAACUGAUUCAACUCAGGAUCAGAGUAGAAUAUCCUUACUUAACCAGGUUAAGUCGUCGGCCGGCCGCCACACGGAUGACGCCACUCCGCCGAUGGUACGACGUGCGUUACUGUUACCGUUACCGUUACUGUUACUGCAUACAGCACUUACUGUACUCAGUACCAGCGCCAGAACGGUCUGUAUCGACAAAGUACCCAACAAUUAAAGUGCUUGGGAUCCAACAAUCAACCACAGGUACAAUGGCGUCGCGUGCCUUGAACUUCCUACAUUCCCCUCCGAGAACCAAGGCAGAAAACGCAUGUGCCUUUCUAGAAUCAAAGAAUAUUAAAUAAAAAAAAAAAUAGAAUCGAAUAGAAUAAAAUAAGAUAUACUAUAGAGAGUAUGGGUCCAUCUCCCCAGCCCGAAGGCGGCUUUUUCCCAAACAGGCAUCAGAUAUCACUCACGCAUCAGGAG